CAACACCACACAGAACAGAGAAAGAAACGGUUACGGAAGGCAGAGCAAGAGCAACAUGGCUGGGGCCCAUCACACUCUCAUUCCACUGCUGAUCCUAAAGCUUAUCAAUGCAGGUGUGCAUGGAAAACAAUUAUCUCAAUACGUCAAUGAGAGGGCUGAUGUCAGUCUGCUGUGUGACAAUGUGGUUAAUUCAGACUGCUCCUUAAUUAUGUGGCUUCACAGCAGAGAGAGUUUUCAAAAUGCUAUUCAAGAGGUUUUUAACGGGAAGGUGAGAGUUAACUCAAAGAGAGCUAAAAAACUGAGUGUGGACGCUGACUGUUCUCUACAUAUUCACAAUGUCACAGCUGAGGAUGCUGGACGCUACACAUGUCGAAUUUUAAAACCCCAAAAUCCCUUUUCAGACACUGAUACCUAUCUGUCUGUUCUGACCAUCUCCUUGUCCACACUACUGACAUAUCUAAAGCCUGAUAGACCAGUAACAAUAAGGUGCUCUCUGCACACCAAUGAAGGGAGUGGAAAGUGUAGGAUAGUUCGCAAUAGUCAAGUUCAUCUGAGCUGGAUGGAUGAGACUGGUAGGAAGCUGCAGGGAGACCCCAGAUACCAGCUCACAGGGCCUCGCUGUGACAUCACUCUGAAUGUGACAUUCCAGAAGGAGGACAACAACAGGAAGUGGACGUGCACACUGACUGACAAGGGAAACGUGAAGAUCUCCAUUGACUUCACCUCCACAUUCUCAGAUAUUAAAGACACGGAUGAUGACGGUGGAGAGGAAAACGACGGUCUUAAACAGUCGCUGCUGAUCUGGGUGCCAAUGGGGGUGGUGGUGUGUGUGGCUGUGUGUGUGUGUGUGACCGCAGUCACCUUCAGAAGGAGGGCAUAUUGUGUUUCAGGAAAUCAGAUGCCAGUCAACCCAGGAAAUAUGGUGCAAGCAAACAACAGGGAUGUGUGCUCCUCUGCUGCGUCUUCCCCCCAUGCACUGGCUACAGGUGGCCUACACAGCAUGGCCGAUGUCAACAACGUCUCGCUUGCCGGGACACCCGUGUUCCUGCUGGCUGGCCUGUGCCUCUGCAUCCUGGUGCAGGGCGCCGACCCUGACUCAGCUGAUCAUGACAUGAGGGGUUCUGGGAGAUCAAAGGCCAAAUCUGAAAGGACACCCUAUUCCCUAUGUAGUGCACUACUUUAGUGUUAUGAGGUAGAGUUUGGUGGAGUGGUACAAGUAUGCCAUUUUGGAUUCAACUAGGGUUCUAUUCCUAAAAUUGAACUGUUGAAAU